CCUUGUGUGGAUGCCAGGUUGUACUGGGCUGGACGGGAAAGCUGCUUUCAGACACUUAACUGGCAACACAAAGGAAAGCAACUAUAUAUGCUGUCGUCACUGAGGUCAACCAUUCUGAAGGAAAAUGGCGACUGCCUAUGAGAGAUACAAUUUGCACACGACCCCUGAAAAGUUCUUCAUUGAGGCCUGUGAUGAAGGAACUGAUGCUGUCCUGGUCAUUGACCGGGUUUCAAAUGAGAUGACCCUCACAGGUAGAAAUGAUAUUCCUCCCUCUGCUGUCACCAGACCUAUUUGUGGGAUCAUGGGAACUCUUCGUCUGGUUGCAGGGAUGUACCUGAUUGUCAUCACCAGGAAGAGGAAUGUAGGCAACCUCCUAGGCCAUGCUGUGUGGAAGGCUGUGGACUUUGAUGUGAUAUCCUAUAAGAAGACGGUGCUACAUCUCUCAGAGAUCCAGUCUCAGGAGAAUAAGACCUUCCUGGCUAUGAUUAACAAUGUGCUGAAUACAGAUGGCUUCUACUUUUGCACUGACUUUGACCUAACACACACGCUGCAGCGACUGGCCAACACCAGUCCUGACUUCCAGGAGAUGAGUCUGCUGGAGAGGGCAGACCAGAGAUUUGUCUGGAAUGGUAACCUUUUAAGAGAACUUGCUGGACAGCCUGAGCUUCACAGAUUUGCACUACCUGUUAUUCAUGGAUUCAUUGUUAUGAAGCCAUGCCGUAUAAAUGGGAAGAUCUUUGAGUGGAUCCUCAUUUCCAGGAGAAGCUGCUUCCGGGCUGGUGUGAGAUACUAUGUUAGAGGUAUUGACUCUGAAGGCCACGCUGCUAACUUUGUGGAGACUGAGCAGAUAGUUCUGUAUGAGGGAGCAAAGGCUUCCUUUGUACAGACACGAGGCUCUAUGCCGUUUUACUGGAGCCAGAGGCCCAAUCUGAAGUACAAGCCUAAACCUGUAAUCAGCAAAACCAUGAAUCAUAUGGAUGGUUUCCAGAGGCACUUUGACUCACAACUACUCAUCUAUGGAAAACAAACUGUUCUGAACCUGGUGAAUCAAAAAGGAUCAGAGAAGCCACUGGAAGAGGAGUUUGCCAAGAUGUCGUCUGGUCUCAACAAUGGUAUGCUCAACUACUUGGCCUUCGAUUUUCACAAAGAGUGCAGUCACAUGAGAUGGGACCGUCUUCAGAUCCUAGUGGAUGCUGUUGCAGAGACACAAGAUGAAUACAGCUACUUUAUGGUGAACUCAGAUGGAAAGACACUGACCCAGCAGAAAGGAGUUUUCAGGAGUAAUUGCAUGGACUGCCUAGACAGGACCAAUGUCAUUCAGAGCCUGCUGGCCAGACGUUCACUUCAGUCACAGCUUCAGAGAAUGGGAGUUCUAAAUGUGGGUCAGCGCAUUGAAGAGCAGGCCGAGUUUGAAAAAGUCUACAAAAAUGCUUGGGCUGACAAUGCCAAUGCAUGUGCUGUGCAGUAUGCUGGGACUGGAGCUUUAAAAACAGACUUUACGAGGACAGGGAAGAGGACCAGGUGGGGACUGCUGAUGGAUGGCUGGAACUCCAUGAUUCGCUACUACAAAAACAACUUUUCAGAUGGAUUCAGACAGGAUGCUAUUGACCUUUUCCUGGGUAACUUUGCUGUUGAUGAGUCAGAGGGACCCACUCCUCUUCGUAUGAAGAAGGACUGGAAGUUCCUAACGCUUCCCAUCGUCAUGCUGGUUGCAUUCUCCAUGUGCAUUGUUUCUCUUCUUCUGGCUGGUGACACAUGGACAGAGACUCUUGCUUAUGUAAUGUUCUGGGGGAGCGCCAGUGCAAUCACAGCCACUGUCAUCCUGUUUAACGGACAAGACUUUGUUGAUGCCCCAAAGUUAGUUCACAAGGAAAAGAUGGACUAAGUGUAUAUGUGUGUGUGAGGGGGUGAGACAUAGUCAAAUAGGAGCUCCACUACUUCAUCUUCACCGAUCUGAUGUAAACUCAUCUGGUGUUUGUGUGGUUCUCCAUACUUUAGCUUUUCUAAUGUAUGUUGAUGACAAAGUCAACUUUCUUCAAAUAUGUGUUCAUAACCGUGAAUCAUUCUGUACAUUUAUGUACCUAUAUUAAUCAUUAUUAAUCAUUCCAUAUUCUUGUUUCACUAGAUUGUUAUAUUUGUCUUGGUUUGUCCUUUGAUAAAACAAAUAAUUCUUGUAAUUCAUUACUGUUUCAUUCCUUUUGGGUAGGAUUUUCUGUUGAAAUGCUACCAACUUUUUACUGGGAUAUCAUGUUGUCAACCCUGAAUUGUCAAGGUGUGGGACUCAAACAUGAAGAUAUUUAAAUGUAUUUGCUGUAUUUCAUUUAGAACAACACUAUAUAAAGUAUGCACACAGAGGUUUGAAUGUAACAAAAUUUACAAAAUUGUGUGUGAAAUAUAAAUACGUGGUCCUACUAUAUACGAGUAAAAGUCUUCCCAUGACGUUUCAUUUAGAGGAAAUCUGAUCUUGUCAAAGGCCUCACUACCAUCUUAAUUUGCAUAGCCAUAAAUUGUGCUGCCUGCAUAAAACUGAGGUUAUUCAUUUAUAUUUUAAACGUUGCUUUCUUGUGAUAUUAAAGUAUUCUUGUCUUCCUAUAUUUUUUAUGAAUACAUAUAUGAAACAUGAAGUAAACUGAGCAGUAAUAGUGUAAAAAGAGGCCCAAUAGAUUUCUAAACAACAUUUCUCUAUAUGCUUACUAAAAAUUAAUUUAGAAUCUUUACAGAUUAAAGAAAAAACAAAAAUGUCUGCUGCUUUGUCUUUAGCAUGAGAUUGCUGGUUAAGCAUCAUUUUGGAAAUGAACAGCAUAGGAUGAAUGUCUUAAAUAUUGUUUCAGUUUUUGUUCUUUCACAAGAAACAAAAAUAAAAUAUGCCAGAACAUGCCGGACAACGUUUAAACCA